AUGUCUGCAUCCAUAAAAUCAAGCCCGUCACCUCCUGUCUUACCGAAACCAGAGGGCCGGAGGAUAAAGUCAAGUCAUUCUCUUGUAUCACCUGUGGAAGAUCAUGACAGAGGUAAGCUAUGGACAGACAGGUGUAUGCGUGGUGUGUCUAUCUAGCUAGCUAGCUACUAGCUACACGGUCCGUGCUAUCCGGGAUCCUUGGGACAAUCCUACCCCAUUGAAGUUGACAUUUAAAAUGGUUAAGGUAAGGGUUAAGGUUAGGUUUAGGGUAGGGACGUCCCAAGGACUCGGAUAGCACUGACCCUAGUUACACACAGCUUGCAACAGUAGCUGUCAUAACAUGUACUCUAUCUCUAUCAUGUACCUAUGAAUUCCAAUAUUUCAGCUUUCAGACAUUUUCCCUUACAAUACACUACUUUGCAGAACACCUUUAUAAAUACAUUGAUUCAAUUGAGCAUUAUUUUGUAUGUGUGUGUCCUGUCCUCAGCCCUUAAAGAACUCCCUGAGCUGAAAGAGAAACAGGUGUCAGUGACAGAUCGAUCAAAGAUGCAGCUUGUCCCGAUGCAGAAUGACUUGAUCCCAGAUGAGCUCCUGGCCACCCUCACCUCAACCAUCUGUCCCCAUGAUAGGCUGGGACUCCCAAAGCUAACCAAGACCCCCAAAGACUUCAAGGUAUGGUCUAGCUCUGGUCCAGGGCUUUAGUGUGUUUUGGUCCAGCAUAGAUGUCAAAUGCCAGAGUCAAGUCUAACCAGACUACUGCCACAUUCUCAAUGCGUGGUCCCAGGAAGUCACUACAGUGUCCCUACAUUGUUUGUAAGUACAUUGUUUUUUGUUUGUCUAUGGUUGUUUAUUGUUGGUUUAACUCCCUCCCUUAGGUCCAUGGAAUACGACACACGGACGCGGUUUGGCAUCACCCAGUCGGACGCAAGAAAUACAAAUACUUUCUCGACCAGCCGACAUCAUUGACUGGAGCGGGCCGGUUUGACCAAUAAGAAUCCUUGUUGGGAAUUUGCAAUGCAAAAGCCAUGGGGGGGAUGCCAUAUCGGUUUACCUACAUGUUUAUAGAAAAAUACAUUGCUAAUUUUCUGUCUGUGAUUGUUUUGUGUUGUGUACUGUGUGUUGGCUCAGGGACAUCUCCUUUUUGUGUGAUUCCAUGGCCUCUCAGAGGGAGAGGAUUCCACUGCCACCCAUGGCUGACAGGGGCACCACCCACACACAGGGCAUUCAAAAGGCAAGCAGAGCCCGAGCAUACAUAUAAAAACACAAAUGGGCGCUUACGUUUUGCAAAGUCCGGUGCCCCAGAUUUGCGGAGGCACAUUUUAGACUAUUCCAUUGGUCCUAAAGUGAAAUCUCCACGCACCUGGGGCACUGGGCGACGCAAACGAGUGCACCCAAAUGCCAUUGCCUUUAAAUGUGUGGCCAUCGUCAAUUAAUUGUGCUGAUUCCAGACACGGUCAUUACCAGACACAGUCUGUGCUGUGUGGUUUAACAUGCCCUUGUGUUGUUCUCCCCAGGACAUGAGCCUUAUUGAGAGCCUCAUCCCAGAGGAAUAUCACAUUGUGAAAAACAAAGGGGUGCAAGGACUGGAGUGCUAUGAUGAGUGAGUGAAGAGGAUUCUACUGUGUUUAUUUAUUUUUGUCUUUUAGCAGACGCUCUUAUCCAGAGCGACUUACAGGAGCAAUUAUGGUUAAGUGCCUUGCUCAAGGGCACAUCGACAGAUUUUUCACCUAGUCGGCUCGGGGAUUAGAACCAUCGACCUUUCGGUUACUGGCACAACGCUCUUAACCACUAAGCUACCUGCCGCCCCAUGUGUUGUAUUUCCCCCUUCCGCUUAAUGAUAAUGUACUCACCUUCUGACUUCUAUUCCUCUCUCCCAUUUUAGUAAAUUCACAGUACUGCUGGAGGACAAUGAAAGGAUGCUCAAAGUCUUUCCAUCAAUGUGAGUGAAAGAGUGAUCAUGUCAACAUGCAGUGUUCUGAAUGACUAUGGAUCAUGAUGGGUGUAGCAACAUGGCAAACUUCCAUAGCAGUACUCAGAGUUACAGGAAGUGCAGGCUUUUGUUCUAGGCCAGCACUAACACCUAAUUCAGCUGAUCAGGUUCUUGAUCUGUACACACACUGUAGCUCUCAUAACCAGGGUUGGUGACCACUGUUAUGUGUGUGUUUGUGUGUGUGUGUGUGUUUGUGUGUGUAUGUCACAGGAGGCCCAGCGGGCGGCUGGAGGCUGUGCAGCUGAUGAAGGUGAUGGAUGAGAUGUUGGACAGAGCAGGGGUCAACCAGGAGGACAGAGGCCUGACUGGACUCUCACAGGUAAACCAGGAUACAGAGUCAAUCCCAAAUAGCACCCUAUUCCCGAGGUAUAUAAAUAAUGCACUAAAUAGGGAAUAAGGUGCCAUUUGGGACGCAAGCAGUAUUCUGUUUAUUCUAUAGCUUUCUGUCGCUGACAUUUGAUCACAUUUGUUGUGUCAUGUUUAUGACAAGAUUAUGACACUGUAAUGACGUACAGUUCAAAUCAAGUGCGACCGAAUUGGCAUAAGUAACAUAUGUACGUUUCCUGAAGUGACAUAAUGUAGUUAACUGAACUGGAUUGGACAGGACAUUACCUUUGACUUAAUUGAACCAUUGUAGCUAAUUUUGUUCUCUGUGCCUCUCCACUAAAUCUGUUUGAUUAAAUCGUUUGCAUUCCAAAUGGCACCCUAUUCCCUAGAGUGCACUACUUUUGAGCAGAGCCCUAUGGGUCCCGGGUCAAAAGUAGUGCUCUAUAGUGAAUAGGGUGCCAUUUGAGAAUAGGGUGCCAUUACCUCAAUUACCUGGACUAACCUGUGCCCCCGCACAUUGACUCUGUACCGGUACCCCCUGUAUAUAGCCUCGCUACUGUUAUUUUACUGCUGCUCUUUAAUUAUUUUUAAUUUUUUACUUAUCUAUUUUUUACUGAACACUUAUUUUUCUUAAAACUGCAUUGUUGGUUAAGGGCUUGUAAGUAAGCAUUUCACUGUAAGGUCUACACCUGUUGUAUUCGGCGCAUGUGACAAAUACAAUUUGAUUUGAUCAAAUUUUUUGACACCCCUUCCCAGAUGCAAGGCCUUCUAGAGCUGGUGCGUGUGGAACAGAACAUCUACAACAUAGUGUUCCAUGAGCUGAUCCGACAGGUCAGUGUGGAAUGUGCUGAGAGAGGACAGCUCCUGGCUAAGCUCAGGUAAGUACGGCGGGGGGGGUCCAUGAACUUGUCCAAUAAAAAAUGCUUGUUUUCUGUUGCAAACUCUUUGCUACAGUGUGCCGUGUGCCCUUAUCAAUACGAUCCAGGAUCCAGUAUAUACACUGAGUGUACAAAACAUUAAGAACACCUGCUCUUUCCAUUACAUAAACUGACCAGACCAGGUGAAUCCAGGUGAAAGCUAUGAUCCCUUAUUGAUGUCACCUGUUAAAUCCACUUCAAUCAGUGUAGAUGAAGGGGAGGAGACAGGUUAAAGAAGGAUUUUUAAGCAUUGAGACAAUUGAGACAUGGAUUGUGUAUGUGUGCUAUUCAGAGGGUGAAUGGGCAAGACAAAAUAUUUAAGUGCCUUUGAACGGGGUACCGUAGUAGGUGCCAGGCGCACCGUUUUUUGUCAAGAACUGCAACACUGCUGGGUUUUUCACACUCAACAGUUUCCAGUGUGUAUCAAGAAUGGUCCACGAUCCAAAGGACACCCAGCCAACUUGACACAACUUUGGGAAGCAUUGGAGUCCACAUGGGCCAGCGUCCCUUUGCAACUCAAUAUUAGGAAGGGGUUCCUAAUGUUUGGUAUACUCAAUGUAGGUCUAACCAUGUCCCUCCCUGUGCUCUCCUGUGGUCCAGACAGAGGUAUGUGGCUCUGUUGGACCGUAUCCCCAGGCAGCUGAAGGGUUUCCACACAGAGACACUGGCCCAGAGAGCUCUGGACCGCAGGCUCACAGAGGAGAUCAUCUGCUUCAGGAGCGCCAUCACCAAGCUCAACACGUGAGCCUGGGACUGUGUGUGUUUGUGUGUGUGUUGGGGGGGGGGGGGGUUGGUUGUGAGUGGGUGUGUGUCUGUUAUAUGAGUGUCAUCAUUUACAGAAUCUAUAUUGAUAUGUACAAUAGAUAACGUGUAUACGAUUUUUUCCCUGAGCUAUGUAUAUGAUUUUUGUCUGUGUAUUCUUGUGUGUGUGCACUUCAGAGAGCUGUGUAAGAUGAGGGAGCAUGACGGGUAUGUGUCCACGCAGGCUGAGAGAGCCCAGGAGGAGCUGGCCAAGGCUCUGGAACAAUCACAGAAGAACUCUGAGUAAGUGACUGAUUGGCCAUCAUCAUACCUACUGCUGCUGUCCAUACUGUACACAGGCCCUCUUCACUAACUUUCAUGUUUUCAGCUUUGCUUGUUGUCUUCUAUCCCCUAUCUAAAUUGUGCAAACUUUGCAAAGACGAAAUCUCUGAAAAUAAUCUGGGAUACAUAAUAUGUACACACAUGGCUAAAUAUAAAAAAGUAGGAACAACUCUUAUGUACUGUAAACUGUACUUGGAUGUAUGACCUAUGACUAUGUACCUGUAUCUUCAGUAUUGUGGGAGAGUACCAUGACCUGUACGAGAUGCAGAGGAGGAGACUGGAGGGACAGGUGGCCAGACUGACGGACGAGAGGGACCUGUGGAGCAGAGUCACCUAUAACCUGGCCCUCAAGGUCGGUCUCUGUCUGUCUGUCCGCCCGUCCGUUCCUCUAUCCUUCUGUCUUUGUUCUUCUGUCUGUCUGUCUCUGUCAGUCUGUCUGCCCGUCCCUUCUUACCACCUAUAACCUGGCCCUCAAGGUCUGUCUCUGUCUGUCUGUCUGUCCGUCUGUCUUGUCUGUCGGCCUGCUGUCCUUCUGUCAGUAUUUCUGUCUGUCUUUCUUUCCAUCUAGCUUGUCUGUCUGUCCGUCCGUCAGUCCUUGUCAGCCACAUGUUGAAAUACAAUGGAAUGCAUAGCUAGGUUAGGACAUAGAUCUCAAAGUGAAGGAAGUGAAGGGGAGAAGAGACGGGAGCAGACUCCUCUCGUCCUGAUCCUAGUGUUAACUGGGGUUUAUUCUUUUGGCACCAAACGGAAGAAACAGGGAGGAGCUACCAGGACAUUUUAGUUUUCCGUUGCAAAAUGUUUCGCUACUAAGUACCUUAAUGAAUACAACCCUAUAUAUAUGUCUCUGAGUUGUUGAUAUUCAUUUGUUUCCUCCCAGGUGAUCAAGUUAAACAACCUCCAGCUGGCCAGCAGGCUUCACGUUAGUGAGCAGACCUGGACCAAGACUGCCGAGCACUUUACAGUCUUCCUGACCUCCAAGGUAAACUCCACACUGUCAAGGCCCCUCACAGGGAUGGGAAUUCCUGCUUUUCUGAAAUGAUCUAUUAUUGAUACAUUAUUUAACAAAUCAUUCAAAUCAUGCACCCCCAAUAUCCAAUUUUUCCUGAUUUUCUAUGUUGUCAUGGUCACAUCCCUCAUAUACUGCCAAAUUGACUGAAUUUGAAUAAAAUUCACUCCAUUCAACUUCAUACUGAUGCAAAUAAUAAUGAAACAUAAACCUUGUUUCCCGUAGGACACAGAAGACCUGAACCAUAUCAUGCAGCUGACAGAGCAGUGGAAGGAGCAGCUGACGUCCUUCGUGCAGAGUCUGAGAGAGGCUGAGCACGGCCAGUGUGAGGGGAUAAGAAGCAUACAGGCUGACAUCGUCAAAUGGCACACGUCCAUUGGCACCAACAUCAGGUAGCGUAGACAUGCCCAUUGGCACCUACUCAUAGAAAUGACUGUCAGCCUGUCACGAGGUCCUCUGUAGCUCAGUUGGUAGAGCACAGCGCUUGUAACGCCAAGGUAGUGGGUUCGAUCCCUGGGACCACCCAUACACAAAAAUGUAUGCACGCAUGACUGUAAGUCGCUUUGGAUAAAAGCGUCUGCUAAAUGGCAUAUUAAUAUUAUUAUUAACGAGAGAGCAGUUGUCAUUGUUUUGUCUUCAUAUCAUAUCAUGUUGUUUUGUCUUCAUGUAUCACUGUGUUUGUUUUGUAGAAGCCCGGAUCCAAAAUUUGAGAAAGUUUCCGAAGAACAGCUUUAUUCAGAUUUAAAACAGUGGUCAAAUGUAAGAUUUUUUUAUUCUGUUCCUGUUUUAAUGUUGAGGUUUUUAACGGUUUUAUAUGUGUAUCACCGGAUAUAUUUUAGUACUGGACUGGAACAAAACCCUGCACACUCUGUGAGUCCCAGGACCAGGAUUGAAGAAUACUGCUCCACUGUAUGUCACCAGUGUAGCACCACUAUAAUACCCUUUACAUAUUACUGAGACAAACUGUGCUGAGACAAGCUUAGCUGUACUGAGCUGGCCUGGUUGCCCAUCCACCAAAGUUGCUGCUGUUGUGAGUCAUGUAUAACUGACCAUCCCACUAACAUCUCCAUCCUCUCCCCCUUCCCAUCCUCCAGGUGUUGACCAUUCAGUGUGAGCGCUACGGGGGCGAGGACCUCCUCUCCUGCCAGGAGACCCUCAACAUGCUGGGCCAGCUGCAGGAGGCCUGGGAGGAGGUGGGCCGCCGGCUCUUCAGGAGACACCCGGCCCCAGACGGAGAGCCCCCCAGGGGCCAGGAGGCUAUGAGGGAGCUGUGCCUGGCCGUGUCAGAGCUCCACAAGCAGCUGGGAACGCGCAUCAACGGCGAGAGCGGUGAGCAUAGAAAUGGAAUGACCCAUCGUCACAGAAAAGUUGAUUUGAGUAGGAUGCAUGUUCUAUAGAUUAUAUUUAUAUAGCAGUGAGCGAGACGGACGCAGUCUGGAGGGAAUAUACAGCAGAACACAGGAAACUGUAGCACGAGGGUAGAAUUAUGGAGAGCUACGUACUGGGUGUGCAGGGUUUUUCUUCAUCCCAUCACGAACCCCCCUCAUUCAACUAAUUUUGGUCCAUACUGAAGAACCCUGAUAAUCUCAUAAAUACCUGAAUGUAUCCCUUACCAACUGGUCUGUGUGGCCCUUUCAGGAAUCCACAAGCAACUGAUGUGUCUGGUCGGGGUGAUGGAAUUCUGGGCCACCCGAUUGAAGGCUCUGGUUGGCCGCACCGAGAGGCUCCCCCACUGUGAUUGGCUGAAGCUGGAGAAGGCCCUGGGUAGCUGGAUGUUGCUGGCGGAGGAGGCCUUGCAGCACGCCCACAGCACCCAGCCUGAGAAUGAGAGGGUCAAGCACAAACCGCACGUCCAGUGAGUUCUCCUGGCCCCUCUUUGUACUGUCUAUAUGUUUGUCCCAAUGGCACAAUAUUCACUAUAUAGUACACUACUUUUGACCAGAGCCCGUUUGUGGCGAUUUAAAAAAAAAUUCAAACAAUUUGUGUCUAUUCCAGGAUUGAGAUUGAUGAUGUCUUCAACACUCUCCGUGAGUUCAUCUUGACCCAAGCCAACUUCUUUGACUGUGAGAACCGCAGGCUAUGUGAGGAGGUACUGGAGACGGGCAUAGCUGUCCCUGGAUAGCAAUUCCUUUACCUGCUAUUGGAAUGUGUGUACGUUUGAUUUUAUAUAUGCAUCCCAAAUGGCACCCUAUUCCCUUUAUAGUGCACUACUUUUGACCAGGGACCUUCUGGGAAGAUAUUGGAUGUGUCCCAAAUGGCACCAUAUUCCCUAUAUAGUGCACUAUCAAGGGAAUAGGUUCACUAUAAAGGGAAUAGUGUACCAUUUGAGAAAUCUACCCCUCCAGCCCCUACAUAAUGUCUAUACCCUGUGUUUCCAGGUGAACUCCAUCCACACGGCUCUGACUCGCUGGAUGGUGGACCUGCUCCUCCAGAUGGUCCCAGACCACUGUGACGACCAGGAGCAAGACGCCCUGCCGGGGCUCAACAGUACCGCCAUCAUGGAGGUCUCCCUGGAGCAACUAGAGGAAGAUGCCAAGAACCUCUCAAAGAAACUGGACUUCUUCUCCAAAUAUAUCACCCGGUAAAUAUGCUAUUUAGCAGCUUUUAUCCGACUUACAGUAGUGCAUGCAUACAUUUUCGUGUGGGUGGCCCCUGCGGGAAUCGAACCCACAAUCCUGACAUUGCAAGCGCCAUGCUCUACCAACUGAGCCACACUGGAUCGUAAAGUGAGUGAACCUAGCGAUGAGUGGAUCGUGGGGAUUUCGGCUGUCAGAAGAUGGUUCACACUAACUCAGAGCUUUGUUUUUCUCUCUCUGUGCAGCUCUUGCCGGGCCAUUGUGGAGGAAGAGAUUCAGAGGAACAUGGCUCAGGAUGACACAGAGAAUGAGCUUUCUGAGCUCAACAAACUGCAGGUACUCACUGAGCAACACAAAGGCUUGCUAUGUAGAGCAUGCUAACAUUCUCAAUAUUUUGCACUCAAGGAUGUGAAUGCUAAGUUGUGUGUGUUUGUGUGUGUGCAUGCAUGCGCGUAUGCGUUCGUGUGUGUGUGUGUAUGCGUUCACGCUGCUCAGAGGGAAUGUGGCGAGUGGAUGGAGUCCUGUCAGAUCCUGCUGUCCGACAAGAAGGGCAGUCCCGUGGAGCUGCGUGUUACACUGAAUUUGGUCCCCCGUUCUGUCACGGAACUCCUUCCCUCUGCGAUGCCCAGCAUGGAAUCUCUAGUGAGCCUGUCAUAACCCUUUACUAUGGUCCCUCCCUACCUUGCAGUUAGCCACCUGAUGUGUGAAUACUAGUUUUGAUUUACAUUUGAUUGAGAUGUAAACUAACGUAAAUGCAAUUAAUAUAUAUCAUUGUAGGUUAAAUGUAUGGAUGUAGGUAAAAAGUUUGAUGGGGGACAAAAAUUCACAAAUUCCUUCAAAUUGAUGACUUCUUUCAAAGCCAAUCAGUUUUCUGUGUUCAUUUGGCAUCAUCAGUAGGAGAAAUAUAGCCUAAAAUGUUGUUGUUGAAAUGACGUGGAAACAACGUUGAUUCAACUAGCUUGAUGUCCGGUUGGGAUGUAAUUUUUAACAUGUUUAAAAAGUCAAGUUCUUUGUUUAUGUGAUAUAUAAUGACGUCACCUACAUUCCUUAGAUGAACCGACCUGCAGUGGUUCCACUAGAGGCUUUGGAUGAGGAAGAGGAACAGAACAAGAAGACUCCAAUGGAAUUCAUUGAGGUCAUACACAUAGUGAGCUAACACCUACAGUAUCUACAACAAAAAAGACUACUAAAACACAUUUUGAAACAAAACUGGCCAUGUCCUAUUCCAGUACCUGAGAGGUGUUCAAAAAAGAAUUUGAAUCCAAAUCAAUUAAAUGACUUGACUCGGUACCGGUACCCCCUGUAUAUAGCCUCGUUAUUGUUAUUUUGUUGUGUUACUUUAAAUUUUUUACUUUAGUUUAUUUAGUAAAUAUUUUCUUAACUCUAUUUCUUGAACUGCAUUGUUGGUUAAGGGCUUGUAAUUAAGCAUUUGUUGUAUUCGGCGCAUGUGACAAAUACAUUUUGAUUUGAUUUGACUUGCUAGUGACUUGUUUUUUUACAGCUCCGGGGUGAGAUUUCCCCCUAGGUGCAGAUCUAGAAUGAGCUUUACCAUUAAUGGGGAAAUGCUAAACUGACCCAAGUUCUAUUAGCAACUUCACCCUUCACAUAUUUUCACUCACGAUUAAUAUUGUCCAGAGAACCAGAGGUAAGUUGUGUCUCAACGACUACAGUUUUGGAAUUUCUCUGCAAUACCUAUUUUUGACCUGCAGGUGGAGGCAGAGGAUCCAGAAGAGGCUGGCUCUAUUAUGAAGCUGAUAGGCCAUGAUGGUAACAUCAUUGAGCAAACCCUGGGGGAGGAUACUAUUCAGCUAGAUGGGGUCAGUACAUGAUGCUAUGUGUCUUACCAGUAUAUAAUUAAUUAUGAAAACAUUGUUGUAGAAAGACCGACAUUCAGAUCCAAUGUCCAAAUCUUCUUUGUUUGGCCUCCGGCAGACUGAAGUCAUGGUUGCCCGUCCAUACACACCUAACGGUCAGAGAGCCUUUGAUGCCCUGGCCACAGUAGGAGUUCUUCAGCACGAGUUACUGUAAGUUAUUUGUCAUUAAUGAGCGGCCACACUCUUUCUAUCUUUUGUCCUACAAGGGCCAUCUUGCCUCUGUGCUUUUUUGAUUUUGUGUGUCUGCCUGUCUGUGUCUGUCUGUCUGCCUGUCAGUGGGGUUGAGGCCCGGGUCCAUCGAGCAGAGGAGCGGGCCCUAAAGGCAGAGGAGGCCCUCCAGGCUGCGCUGGAGAAGAUCCAAGAUCUGGAGAGACAGCUACAGGGCAGGACUAGUCUGGAGGCUAAAGGUAGGUCAACACCGUAACACACCUCUGUGAUAGGUCAACACCGUAACACACCUCUGUGACAGGUCAACACUGUUGGAUUUGGAACACUCAUCCAUACAAUUUGCAUUGCAGUGAGCAAGCAGUCUGUGGCAGCAUCUCCCAAGUCAAAGGUGUCCAGCCCUGAACCCAAACCAGUGAGUCAGAAACCUGAGCCUAGCCUCAAACAAACCAAGCCCAAGAAACGCUGA